AUGGCAGAAGCGAUCAUCGGUCCCCUGGUGGUGAAGCUGCAGGAGCUCGCCGUCAGCGAGGCGCGGGCGCUGGUGGCGGUGAACGACGACAUCCGGAGCCUCCGGGACAAGCUCAUGUGGAUGCAGGCCUUCCUGCGUGACGCCGACCCGCGGCGCCGCAUCGUCCCGGACGAGGCCAGCCGGGUGUGGCUGCACCAGACGCGCGACGCCGCCUUCGACGCCGAGGACGCCGUCGACCAGUAUUUCCUCCUCGUCGACCUAUCCAGGUACCCAAGCUGGACACGCACCAUUAUAAGGUUCAUUGCGGAAUUUAGCACACAACUACGUGUGCGGCACAACCUUUCUAGCAAGAUCAAAGCUAUCAACUCAAGACUUGAGAAUAUAAUUAAGAACAAGGAAACAUACAAGCAAAUUGAGGACACCAACAAGAUAGUUGUUCCAUGGAGAGCUUCCACGGCCAUCUCUGUUGCCCCAACCAAAUUGGACAAUUUGCUGCAGCCUCCUCUUGUUAGUCGCGAAGACAAGCGCAAAGAUCUCACUUCUGCUCUGCUAUAUGACACUGUUGUCGACUCUUCUCUGCCGGAUAGCACUCCUCGUCAAAAGGUUAUCUCUGUGCUAGGGCCAAGUGGAGUGGGCAAGUCAUCUUUGGUAAGAGAUGUGUAUGAAACGCUGGAAAUCAAGAACCAUUUUGUUGAGCAGGCUUUGGCUACUUUCCCACCUUAUUCCAGUGCUUCCGAUAUCCUGAAACUAAUCCUUAGGGAUCUCAAAGAAGAAGACUUCACAUUAUCUAAGAGGGAGGUCACCAAGGAGCUUGAUAAGAAACUGAAAGGGAAGAGGUACUUGGUGGUGAUAGAUGGUGAAGUAAGCACCACUGAAUGGAAACACAUCCUAGCUGCCCUCCCUUAUGAAGUAGAAAGCAGAGUCGUGAGGAUGUCGAAAGAGAGGCUAGAAGACCCACCAACAAACUAUAAACAUGUUAGGAUCCAGCUUGACCAUUUUCAUUUGAUUGCUACAACAGAACUGUUCCAGCAGAGAGUGUGCAGGGAAGAAAGCAAUCCUGAGUACAACGAAGCUGUCAAAAAUGGCGUUCGAAAUGAUUACCAGCAAGACAUUUUUGACACCACACAGGGGCUACCACUAGCAAUUGUUCUUCUUUCAGGCCUUCUACGAACAAAGGAGUAUCCAGUCGAGUGGAAAGCUGUAUUUGAGCAUCUUAAAUCCAAGCAAUCAAAGCGGCUUGACAGCAUACUGUCCCUGUGCUUUGAUGAUCUUCCAUAUGACAUAAAAUCUUGCUUCCUCUACUUUGCUGCAUUGCCAACAAACAUGCUGAUUGAAGCACAAGAUUUGGUGUGCAUGUGGAUGGCAGAGGGCUUCCUGAGGCCAAAGGAAGGGUUGACAAUGGAGAAGGUUGGUUACCGUUACUUGAAGGAGUUGAUUGCAAGGCAUUUAAUCAACCUAGAGCCUAUGGAUGAAAAUACUCCCGAGGAGGAGCUUGUGACCAUACAAAGCAAAGUCCAUGCAUUUCUUCAGAUUGAGGCACAAGAGGUAAAUUUUGUGGAGAUCCACAACAGUGAUGAUAUCCCGCCUCUGUCAGCUGCUCGCCGCCUCAGCUUGCAAAAUCGCAUGGAGAAGUAUGCUGCAUUAGCCAACCCUAUGCCGAAGCUUCGAUCCAUCUUGUCUAAUUUUGAGAAGGAAGAAACAAGCAAGGAAUAUGAUGUCGCCGAUGAAGAUCAGGAAGCCAAAGUGCAACAGUCUCCAAUCUGCCUACAUUGCUCACCACAUGGAACCACAACCAAGUGCAAGGAGGGCGAUGCCAAAUCUUAUCUGCGGCAACUUCUGCAAACAUCCAAGUUCCUACGUGUGAUUAACCUGCAAGGCCUUGAAGUUGGUGACAAGUUGCCAAAUGAAAUUGGUGAUGUUGUGCACCUGCAGUACCUUGCUGUGACAUCCUGUUCUUUGAAAGAGAUACCACCAUCAGUUGGAAGGCUCUCUAGUCUUCAGACACUAGAUGUCCGAGAUACAGAAGUUAAGGAGCUACCGGUGCCAUUCUGGGAGAUUGGAACCCUAAGGCAUGUGUUUGGCCAUCGCCUCACCUUGCCAAAACGGGUUGGUGACUUGAAGAACCUACAGACCCUUGAUACUGUGAAACCUGAUGAUAAGUAUGGUUGGGAUAGAAAUACCCUUUCAAAAAUGAUCCAGCUCCGUUCCUUGUUCAUUUGGGAACUCUCCAAAGGUCAUGAGAAGGGGCUAGUUGCUGCUCUGAAAAAACUCAAGUACCUUGUCACACUGACCAUACAUGGUGACAGUAUUCCAUCGGCUGUUUUCUCUACUAAAACCUCGCUUCGACGACUUGAGGUGAUGGAAUUGGAUGGAAUGCUUAUUGACAUGCCAUGUGUAGAGGACAUGGACAUCAAAUCAUGCUUGCCCAAUCUACUUCUUUUGUCAUUAGAGAACACAAUGGUCUCACAGGACUUCAUCAACAAGUUGGCUGAGUUGCCCUUCCUUGCUAGUCUCACUCUGGAUGGUGGAUCAUACAAGGAUGAGCAGCUUGUAUUCUCUGCUGGUGGAUUUCAUAGUUUGAGGAGGUUGACGGUUGACUUAGAAGAAUUGAAGAAAUUGGAAAUACAUGAAUCAGCACUGCCCAAGCUUGCAGAUUUGGAUAUUUUGAUCCACUCUAAUGAUCUGAAUAUUGUGAUACUGGGUAAGAACGACGUCGUUGAGAAGCUCCUUCAUGAGGAUAAAAUACUCUCCAAGAAAAUCCAACGGACUACGAGGAGUGAACGAACUGCCCGAAGGAUCGGAGUUGAAUGA